UUAUCUAGUUUCCAGAGAUCAUAUUUUUUUUAAACUUAACAUAAUACAGGGAUUUUUCAGUUGAGGAUUAAUUUGGUUAGAAUCGACUCUCCUGUGGAGGAAAACUGAAGAUUGAUGUUUGCAUUUGGUUUAAAUUAAUCAAAGGUGUAAUGCAUACAAUAACUUCAAGCUUACACUUCUGACAAUUGAAGGAUACUCUCUCGUAUCGGAGGAAGUCUCCAAGGCCAAUAGCUACAAUACCCGGAGGGUUACCUUGUGACUCCAUAUCUUUACAAGAAUAUUCUCUGUGUCCUUUUUAAAGUUCAAGCCCUGCUUUGCAGUACUUGCAUGAAUAGCCCAAUUGAAGUGAUGUGUAUAAAUCAAAGAACAGAAUCAUAAGUGAAGCAAUCAGGAUUUUACUCUGAAGUUUAUUGACUUAAGACCUUUUUUUAUUACAGUAACUGCAUGCAUUCUUGUAUGUGAGUAUUAAAAAACCCCCCAAACAAACGAGAUAAAACCAACCUCCAAAAUAAUUAAAGGGUUUAAAAACAUGGCUUAGUAUGUACAUACCUAUUAUGGUUAGUGAUAGAAUGAUGUUUUAGCUGUGUUGGUCCACAGAUUACGAGGCAAGGAUCUUUUUGGGGGUGCUAUCUUUUAUUGGCCCAGCAUCUGUAUUGUUGGGAUAAAGUUAGACAAGCUUUUGAAGGCAAAGCAUUCUUCAGGUCAGAAAAGAGGAAUGCUUUGCUUUCAAAAAUGUGUAUUGAAUCAGUCUAUAAAUGUAAAAUUUGAAACUGUUUCAAGUUCUCUUUCUCUUAACUUUUUCCAAGUCUCUGAAGAGCUUACAUCAUAGGUUAUGUCUGCUGUUCAUGCCUAAGCAUGUCUGCUCUUGCUCAUGCUAAACAAUGAAUGCUGUGGCAAUUGACUAAUUCCCUUCCUUGGGUUUCGCUUGUCAACAAACGUGUCAUUUAAAAAUGUGGUAACACUGCUCCUCUCGCUUCUGGGUUCUGCAAUCUGGACUGACAGUCAUGUACACAUGUAAAUAUCAUCCAGGUAACUAAGAAACUCGGAGUAUUUAAGCAGGUGAGACUCGACUUUUUCUUCUUUCCUAUUAGAGGGGUGUCACGCAGGUUGGCCUGUAGUAUUACUGAGCUGCUCAAGAAAGAUUUGUAAAAGUGCCAGCAUGUGUUUUGGCAAGUGUGCUAAGUGCAUUGGAUACAAGCUGCUAAUUUUUGCCGUGUUUUGCAUGGUGGCAAACAUUUUGCUUUACUUUCCUAAUGGUGAAACAAGGUAUGCUUCAGAAUAUCGUCUUAGCAAGUACACACGGUGCCUCCAUGGCAUUGUAGGAGGCGGCCUCCUGAUAUUCAUCCCUGCUGCUGUGUUCAUUAGCCUAGAACAUGAGAACUGCUGUGGGUGUGGCGGCCAUGAGAACUGUGGGAAAAGCUGCGCUAUGCUGUCCUCUGUUCUGGCGGCCUUCAUUGGAAUCCUUGGUUCUGGAUACUGUAUCAUCAUUUCAGCUCUGGGUUUAUCACAUGGGCCCUACUGCUUGGCCAGCACAGAAAAUACCUGGAUCUAUCCUUUCCAUAACUCCUCUGGAGAGUACCUCCUGGAGCGGAACAGGUGGUCUGAGUGCCAGGAGCCACGAAACAUUGUUGAAUGGAACGUGACCCUCUUUUCCAUUCUUCUGUUCCUGGGGGGAAUUGAGUUCAUUCUGUGUUCCAUCCAAGUCAUCAAUGGCUUUAUCGGUGGAGUGUAUGAGAUGUGCUGCCAUCGUGAAGAGAAGUAUGUUUGCUAGGAUGUCCACAUGGGAAAAUGGAGUGAAAUCACUGUAAUAUGUUUUGUAAAACAUUGCUAUUUUGUAUUGUACAUAAUGUUAUAUAUUGUUGUCAAGCUGCACUGCCAAUAUUAAUUUAAGAGAUGCCAGGCCAGGUUCUGUUCAGUGGAAUCCUACAUAUGACUCUAAGAACUCAACAGUAGUGUCUCUGUACCUGAAGGCAGAGUUUGGCCUGCUGAAUUUCUCUGUAUGAAUAAAUAUAUACGUUAUUA